CGAAUAGCUGGUAUGCGACAUCAAACUGUACUUGGGAAUGGUACCUUUUGCUCUUAUCGAGGCAUUCGAUACGCUGAAGCACCAGUUGGUCAACUUCGAUUCAAGGCACCUGUGCCAACAAAACGAUGGAAUGGAACGUAUAAUGCUUUGGAAUACGGGGCAGCAUGUCUACAGCCCUCAGCCACGGCUCAUGGCUCAUCAGAAGAUUGUCUCUUCCUCAAUGUAUUCGUCCCAAGCCCUUCAAUUUGUACUACUUCGAAUAAUAUUGCUGUAAUUGUUUACAUUCACGGUGGAGGUUUUCUGAUUGGAUCUGCUGUUGAUUCUUUAUCAGGUCCCCACCUGAUGCUAAAUAAAUGCAUAAUUCUCGUUACGUUUAAUUAUCGACUCGGUGUGUUUGGUUUUAUGCCAUUGGCAUUAAAUGAAUACUCAGGAAAUAUGGGAUUGAAAGAUCAACAGUUAGCAUUGGAAUGGGUAAAUAGCCAUAUUUCAGCAUUUGGUGGAAAUCCAAAGCAAAUUACACUUUGGGGGCACAGUGCUGGUGCGGCAUCGGUUAGUCUUCACAGAUUGAAUCCAAAAUCAAGGAGUUUAUUUAAACAAGCAUAUAUAAUGAGCUAUUCCGCAUUAAGCUUUGCUGCUCUGUCAGAACCCAUCAACAAAACUGAUUUGAUUGUGAAUGUGGCCAGACAUGAAGGUGUAAACAUUGAAAAUAUCGACCAACUGGUGAAAUAUAUUCAAGCAGUUGAUGGAAAAUACUUUUUGAAACAAACGUCUCGAUAUGGUUUUAAAGGAAAAAAUAUAACACUUUACAUUGAAUGGAUUCCGUGUAUCGAACUUGAAAAUGCCGUAAAUCCCUUUAUAACCGAAGACCCCAAAGUACUGCUAGCGCAAGGUGUGAAUAUUUCGACUAUUUACUCCCACACGUCAAUGGAAUCAAUCAAACAUUCAAUUGAUAUUAUUACCGAUCCAAAUCGAAUCAGCUAUUUGAAUAAAAAUUUCACAUUCGAGCUACCAUUUAUUGGCAUUGAUCAAAUGUCAUGUAAGGAAGAAAUUGCUCCACUUUUCACUGACAUUCGGCGAUUCUAUUUUGGAAAGCAUCCAAUCGAUGCACAAAUUCGACCGUACAUUCAAUUAAGAAGCUCUGUAAAUUUUGUGUACUCCAUUCAAAAAGAAAUUGCCAUUCAAGCGCUUUCCAAUUCUACUGUUGACAUAAGAUUACUAAGAGUGAGUCAGAAAACAGCAUUGAAUAAUCAUCAAAAUAUUUCUGCUGCAGUUGAUGCACUUGGCGGUACCGCUCAUGCUGAUGACCUUUGUAGUUAUUUUUGGUGCAAAGUAAAAUCGCAUAUUUAUGAUGAAGUAGCACCUCAAGAAACUCUUUUACAAAAAUCAACGGUGAAAGCAAGCGAAAUAUUGAGAGAAAUCUUAACGAGUUUUGCAAUUACUGGAAAUCCAGUUUCGGAAACGGCAUCAUUCGACCAUUUUCCAACCGUCGGUUCGGACCCAUUGAAUAAAUUGCCAUUUGCUGAAUUGCAUAGCAUGAGUGCUUUGGUGGUCGGAAAUAAUCCAGAUUAUGAAGAGUUCAAGUUCUGGUGGAACAUCGAUCAGCGAGUAGAAGAAAUCAAGAAAAUGCCAUGCAACCAGAAAGGAUUAUAAACCUGAACAUUAAAAAAAUGCAUGGCCUUCUUCUACUACCAUAAAAUAUACCACACAAUUCUGACUCUGUGUAGUCGCGUUAAAUAUCCCGAUACUCCAAAAUAUCUCGGAUAAAUAUCCAUCCAAAAUAUAUAAACUGAUCACAUCUCACAAUGUGUGAAAAAAUAUACAAAUAUACAUGGCAAUACUCAAACUAACCCGGGAACAAUGUCAACUUAAAUAAAACAAUGAUAUGUAUAACUGCACUGAGUA